AUGUCAGAGAGAAAGUCAAGUAAACGGCCAAGAUCGAUAGCAGAUUUAUCGUCACAAUCGCCACAGGAAGUACGAUCUGGUCUCUUCAAUUGUUAUGAAUUUCUCGCUCCGAAUGAAUAUUCCGAGAGAACAUUUGGUGUACUUGCAUGGCUCGUACGAAAUUCGGUUGGCGAAAUCAAUUUUUCGUCGAUCAUAGACGAAGUCGAAAGACGCGGUCAGCGCGAAAACGUGUGUGCUUACUCGCAAGUAUUGGAACGGGAACUAGGACGAGAAUAUCGAGAAUGCAAGGAGAUCUCACUUGAGAAAUGCUUGAUGAUGAAUCGAUGGAUUUCGCAGAUCAACCAAGAUCCUGCAGCAUUUCUUGCAACUGUCAACCAAAUUAAAGAAGACAUGACAGAUAAAAUGAGUGACAAAGCAAAUGAUCAAACGAUUCGUUAUCCAGACGAUUUCCGACAACGAGAAUCAGAUUUUGCUCGUCGUAAACACGCUCAAGAUUUCCGACGUCUGUUCUACCUUAGUCACUCAGAGGCUCAAAGACCGCCAAGUUUAAUUCACUUACAAAAUCGAACGACAGAACAUUUGAAUUAUUUCAUCCAAGCAAGAGCACUAAACGGUUCGAAAUCUCAAGAUAUUGGCAUCAAAGAGUUGUUGAGUAUUAUUGACAAUUCAUUUAUGAUCACAGUACAUCCUUGCAAUGGAUCUAUUCCAAUAGUCAUCUAUAAGAAAACAGAACCUGAAUACAAUGCAAAAUUGACAAUGACAGUUGUUUCCUUGCUACAUGAUUUUAUGAAAAUGCACCCGAAUGUCCUCACAUUAAAAGAUAUCAAAAUCAGUUUACUGCCAACAGCGGAUACUUACAAAUUAAAAAAACCGAAAGAAAUAUCUUGGGAGAUCUGUGAACUGCAAGGACAUCCAAAAAAUCAUUCAACAAGAAUGUAUUACGCUAAGUUACCGUCUAUUUGCAUUGUUCAAACAAAUGAAGAUGAUACAUCCGUGCAAUUCGCGCAGAAGUUGCAUCAAAUUCAGCUCACCAUCGACGUCCAGAUCAAUUGCAAAGAGUACAAUUUCUACAAAACACAUUCAGUAACAUUGACUUCGUUGCCAUUUGCCAUUGCACAGCGCACGUCUCAAAUUCCACGCUUAUUAGCCGGUAUUCUGCUGUGCGAUAUACGAAGAUAUUGCAGAGACCAAUCAGCCAGCAUCGAAAAGAUCGUUUCCUACUUGUCAAGAUACUUUGCUCAUCGCACCGGUGUCUUAAUCACACAGCAUAGUUUGGAUUUUCUUCAAUCAGGAUUAAACGAAGCAAAAGACAAAAGGUCAAACUUUACUACAGAUGAAGAACGUUUUACGGAUUUUCUUGCAUCAUAUGUGCAUCAAGUGGAAUUCAUGGUCAGACAUCCUGUAUUAGCUAUGUUUUACAAUACGAAAGUAUUUCUUGGCAUUUGUGAUAGUGAACGAGUGAAAAGCGGUUUGGAAAAAUUAUCCAAGACGCACCCAUUGUUAGUUGCAUUUCGCUUGAAUUCAAUCAGGAUUGAUUACAACGCUAUUGGAGAAAAAAGCAUCGUCGGUAGGGUUAUCGAACCUCCAGGGUGUGCAUUUCGCGUGGAUAUUUUUAAUCAUAAGAAGAACUUGCCCGACCAUUUUACACUGGAUCCUACUAAAUUCAUAUCAGAACUCAACAGUCUUAUCUACACUACUACGAAAGAAAAAGCCAGCGAGACGUUUCUCCUCUCAAGUAUUGAUCGAACUCCUGUUGGUAUUCGAAUGAAUGAAUGUAGAAAAUAUUACGGUGAACAAUUGACUACGAUGUGUACAUCGAUCGAACCUUAUAAACCUCUUGAUAAUAUCAUUGAUGCUGUUGACAAAAUCAAUCGUGACAAUCCGAAUGAUGCGAUUACUUCGAUAGAUAAUGAAGAAUUAGUUGAUAAACUUAUUGAAUCCGUUGUUGGCAACGAGGAUUCGAUGCGCAAAUUGUUGUACAAAUUAAGUAUCUUGCCGUCAGCAUGGAACAUGACAAAUCAAGCACAAGCAUCGCAGAUGUCCUCUCAACAUUUAUCAGCUACGUCACAAUCUGUGCAUUGUAGUGAUACAACUCAGCCUCAAGUCGAUUAUUACAAUUUACAACCAGACGCACAACAUUUUUAUCACAAUCCUUCAUUGCAACCAACUCAAGAGUACAGAGGACACUCAUUGCUUUAUCCUCAUAUUUCACACCAACAGCAACAACCGCUCGUGGAAACGACUCGACCGGAGCCGGUACAAGUUCAUGUAAUGGACGGUCUUCCGUAUACUAGUGUAUUCUGUUCGAAAGAUGCUGUUGAUUUCCCAGCAAUCGAUGAAAUGGACCACUUGCCGGUACUCGACAUAGAAUCGAUACCGAAAAGUGAAUUUGACCAAUAUUUAUGCCCAGAGCCUGUUUGA